CAGCCAUGUUCCAGAGGCCUACAUCCAAUCUGCCAAGUCACGAGCGAUGAUGUGGUGGCUGAAAGCAAUGUUUUGAAAGUCUUCUUAAGCAGUCGAGGUAUCUAGACAACUAGAUGCUCCAGUUUGGAUAGGCAGCAAUCACGAGAUGUUCUCUUCAAAAUUCGCCUAUUUGGCUUGCCUAUUCUCUUUACUCGUGGCCGUAAUACAUGCCGCCCAAUAUCCGAACACUACCACGCAGUUAGCGUACUAUCCUCAAACGACAGCUUCGACGAACAAUAGCGGAUCUAAAACGAGCAGAAUAUGGGUGAGCCCGGAGUACAAGUGGAUAUUCAAAUUCCCUCUUCCAAUACCUCCUAUCAAAAGGCCAAAGAUCACGUACAUGAAUAACAUUACAGGUGCUAUUAUCGACUACUAUGAGGUUGAAGUCAAACCACUAGAGAAGCGCAUCUACCCAAAUCUUCCGCCCACGAACAUGGUCGGAUAUGACGGACUCUACCCCGGGCCAACAUUCGCAAUGCAACAAGGGCGUGAGGCCGUCGUUAGAUUCAGCAACAGCGGUCCAACGAACAUGUCUGUACAUGUUCAUGGGCAAUACAACCGUGCCCCUUUCGACGGCUGGGCCGGCGACUAUGCGCUUCCGGGGCAAUACAAAGACUACUACUACCCGAACGCGCAGAACGCGAGAACCAUCUGGUAUCAUGAUCACACCGAGUUCAAGACUGGCGAAAAUGUAUACAUGGGGCUCGAAGGUUUCUACCUGUUGACAGAUGAAGCCGAGCAGUCACUGGGCUUGCCUGCCGACGACUACGACGUACUUUUGUCGAUAAGUGACAAACAGUAUAGUGCCAACGGUUCUCUGGUCUAUAACACGAACGGAGGCAAUGGAUUAUGGGGUGAUGUGAUACAAGUUAAUGGACAACCCUGGCCGCACCUAAACGUGGAACCCCGAAAAUAUCGCUUCCGCAUAUUAAACGGUGCCGUGAGUCGAACUUUCAACAUCUCCUUCCAUGCAGAUGAAAAUGACGAAGCCUUAAGGUUCUCUGUCAUUGCUUCAGAUUGCGGUCUGUUUUCGCAUCCUGUGACGACAGACAAUCUAGCGUUAUCCAUGGGCGAGCGUUACGAAAUCGUCGUCGACUUUGCCGGUUACGAAGGCCGAAAGAUCAUGGUACGGAAUGCCCGCGACUUAUUUCCAUGUAUCGACUACGCCGCAACGGACCGUGUCAUGCUAUUCAUCGUCGGAGACGCCGCAACAAGCAACACCAACAACGACGCCGUACCCUCUUCGCUUCGCUACAUACCACCACCUCUGCAAUCCAACACAACUAAGAACUUUACGUUCUCGCGCAUUGGCGACGAAUGGCUCGUGAACGGCGUUGGCUUCACUGAUGUCGAACACAGGAUUUUGACACGACCUACACACGGCUCAGACGAGAUUUGGGAACUUAGGCACGGUGGCGGGAAUUCCACGCAUCCAAUCCAUAUCCACCUUGUGGAUUUCCAAAUCAUAUCUCGCACGGGUGGCCGCAAUGAGGUGUUGCCAUAUGAAGCGGCGGGAAAGAAGGAUAUCGUGUGGCUAGCCCCGGGAGAGACUGUGAGGGUUAUUGCAAGAUAUGCACCUUGGAACGGUGUUUACAUGUUCCACUGUCAUAACCUCGUUCAUGAGGACAACGACAUGCUCGUAGCCUUCAACGUCACUCAACUUGAGAAAUGGGGCUAUGACGACUCAACGCUCUUCAUCGACCCAAUGGAGCCCGCCUUUCGGCCAAAGAACAUGGAUCCAAAAGACUUUACUGAAGAUAGCAUUUGCAGAAAACUGGACUGGUUCUGGAGUCUAGACGCCUAUAAUCAGACUCUUGCCGCCACCGAAGGAUCAAAGUAAACACAGGCCCCCGCACAUAAUCCCCUGAAUGUAUAAUAAUCCGAGAUUGAAAGAGGCGGAAGUCUGUGGCACUGUGUGGAAUGGUCGUCUCUGGUUGCAUGGGCCACACUAUAUAAUUGUACAGGUAUCAGACUUCUAAUAGCUUACAGCAAAUUUGCAUGAAACUGUCAAUAUGUACUUACAGACUACCCUUCUAUUGCACUACUAGACACCCCCUUUCGAUCUUAGGAAAAGUAAUUCAGACUCUAGCGACUGGUACGCCGCAACGUCUUCGCGAUAGAAGCCGAAAACGCUUCCAAGUCAGUACGUACGAGUAUCAUAAUGUUUACUAAACAUCUAAACCGCUCAGCUUCUUCCAUAGCUCGUCACCAUUAUACCUCAUGCACGCCUCGCAUACAGUCCACCUAUCAUCGAGUAACUUUACG